UCACCAGGUGACGCUUGUUUAUUGGCGGAAAAAAAACGGUUUAAACUUAGCAUAUAUUGCAACUUGGAAAGAAGGCGUUGAGAUAGCGAUGUGGAGCAACUUUGAGGCAUCCUCCUUGGAGGACGAGACCAUCUCCAAUGUGUUCUCCUCGCGAGGAAUCUUUCAGAUCAGCAGCGAAGAGGAGGUAAACAAAUAUCCGGAUGUGUUGGCCUCUGUUCAAUGUGGCAAGAUGGUCAUUGGCAUCGAUAGGAGCCUGCUCCUCCUGGAGGACGAACUGGUGGCCAAGUGCAGCUUCUUGGGAUUCGGGGCAACCAUCGAGGCCAUUGCUAUUUCCACUAGUGGAAACCUUAUUGUCUGUGGCCUCAGCGACGGCGAGGUUCACGGGGUUUUUGUCAAGGGGCUCUUGCUCUUCAGCGUGGCCGUAAAUUUGGAGGAUGUGAGUCUCUCGGGCGGCACCUUCCGGAGCAUCCACCAGUUGGACCAUCGUUUCUACUUCACCUGCAAGAACGGAAGCAUCUACAGCUUAAGCGAAAUUGAUGAGACCAAUUUAGAGGCGAUGUGCAAUGUGACUUUAAACGAAAACGAAACCAUUGCCUGCGAGAAGGCCAUUCUCGAGGAUGUCACCAUCCAGCGUCUUUCCAAGGGACGAUCCUCGGCCAACGUGGACUGUGCCGUCCUAAUCAAACAGCUAGUGGCUGCCAACAUCAGUACCCAAAACAAUCAGGAGGAUCUGGGAGCGAAUCCCGGGCUGGUCAUCACUGGGGAUCAGGGCACGUUAAACUUCAAAAACUCCGCCAGCGAUAUGACCCGCAUUCAUCUGCCAGCUCACUUUGGCAGUCUUAAGCAGAUCUUCAACUUGGAACACUAUAUAAUCGCUCUCACCAAUUGUGGCCAUUUGCUGGAUAUUUGUCCUUACACUCGCACGGUUCACAUGUGCCAAACGACUCAACGGAAGAGCCUACUUAUCGAGGAUCUAUUAGUGAUGGAGUGCAGCGAAGAGAACAUUGAGAUCCUGGUGCUGACCAAACCAACGGAUGAGGGUCGAUUUAUAAAAAUAGUAGAGUACCCAUCACUAAAUGUCAAGAAUGAGGUCGAGGUACCAGAUCACGCUUGGCUGGUGCGUCAGCCAAAAUGUGCAGUCAACCUGUACUAUCUGGCUGCCAAAGAGGUCAACCAAAGCAGCCUUCCCUCGGUAGUGGAGAUGAUGCUUGUUUCGGAGACCGAUCCCAGCGAUCGUUAUAAAAAGUUGAUUGCCAAAGGGCGCCUAGAAGAGGCAGAAGAAUUCGGCAAGCAGUUUGAGCUGGGCCUGCAGCCUAUCUAUGAGGCCAAAGCGAAACGCAUUCUGGUCGAGCUGUGCAACUCGAAUUCCCAAAAGGAACCGUUAGAGGUCGAUAAGAAAUUCCAGAAUUUGUUGCAGUUACUGUCGCAGGUGGAAAGUAAAUGCUUUAUUAAAAGCCACCGCAUGAUCAACUUGAACUCGCGACACAUCCUUGAGUCCUAUCUUCGUGAGGUCAAAAAGAGGUUGAGUUUUGAUGAUGACGAGGAGGAUAUGUUGGAAAUCGACGAGCAACUGCACCGUCUUAAAACUCUGGCCAUCAUAGAUCCCUACGAAUGCAACACGGACUGGCAGAAGUUUGUCUACGACAACAACUUGGUAAGGAUGGUCAAAACCCUGUUCAAGACAGAUAUGCCCACGGCCUGCCUUAUUUGGCGACGCCACUCGAGCAGUAUCCUUCCGCUGCUAAACGAAGAUGAGCUGCGCACGCUGCUUGGGUUCAUUCCUGGCAACACGAAGCCAUUCAAUGUGGUCCAGUGGCUGCGCCAGUUUAUUCCGAUGGUCAGUAACACGCAUCCCAGCAUCAUGCCCUUUAUCACCGACUGGAGCAUUGAGAUGACGCGGAAUCUCCAGUACAGUCCUCAUUGGCCAGAUAUCGGCUUGGAGUUCUGCACUAAGAUUCUGGAUAUUUUCGAGGAAAUUCAAUUCACAUACUCUGAUGUUCGGCGGCAGCAGGAGCGCAAUGUGGGCAAGCUGCGGGACUUGGUAAACGCUUUGCAGGAUUUGUCUGUGCUAAAGACCAACUACAACAUGGGUUUUACACUGGACAACUAUAUGCAGGACUCUAUCGAUGCCACGGCUCUGAGUAUUCUGCAGCAUGUGCAGCUAGACAAGUUGCAGCGGCUAGUAAAGAACUUUAUGUACCCGAUCUUUCAGGAGAAGGGUCGCCAGCCGCUGGACGUAGUCAAGCAGUACAUAGCCCAGUUGGUGGCCAGUCGCAAAUCGUCCAGUACUUGGCUAGAGCGGGCGAUGACUUGCAUUGAGUUGCUUCACAAUGAGGACAGCCGAUUGGAGUGUGCUUUGUCUGUUCUGCAGAAUGCACCGGUUCCCUGGCCAGAUACACUAGCUCCUCUGAUCAGGCUGCGUACUUCAACCCACCCCCUGGCCAUGAAAAUCAACGCGGAAUACGAGAUUCAAGUGAUCAAGAUCAUGAAAGUAAAGUAUGGAUGGCCAGCUGACAGCUCGGACAUCAACCUGGAACUAUUCAUGAUGCGCAUCGUAAAGCUGAAUCUUCCAGACAUGCUGGAGGACAUCCGUGCCCUCACUAAAGCUGCGCCGGACAUCUCGGUCAGUGCCAACUUUCACUGUUGCUAUCAGAUGGCCCGGCGAGGACAAAUAGAGCUGGCGUACGAGUUCUUUAAGACGCUUAAUAGGGGAAAGAACUCAAAGAACGGACUGGAUGUUGUGGAAAUCAUUGCCAAUCUCCUGGAGAACAGUUCAUCUGCUUCUUUCGAGGAUAAGACAAAGGCGGAGGAACAUCUGAAUGUGCUGGAGCUCUUCAAGUUGUUCUUGCCACAUGUGGAGUCCGUUUACGAACGACGCUACUUGGUCAUCAAGCAUCGCUUCCGCCUGCGAAAGUUUGGCAUCCAGUUGAGCUGCAGCCACGAACUCAUACCGCUGCAAAGGCGUCAUAGCCUCUUGGACGAGGCCAUCGAACGGAUCAUCGAGCGGGCCCAGGCCACGCUGAAUGUGUCCGCUUUUAUAGCCAGCGAAAUGAGUGAACUCUGCACGGCUCUGGAUCUGUCCAAGGUGUUUGGUCUGCACCGCAUUUGCCAGCGGAUUGGUUGUAUGCCUCUAAGCUGCGCCCUGGCCUUCUACGUGAUUAGUUUCGUCGACUGUGUGCCCGCCAACGCAUGCGAUUUUAUAAACUUGGCGCUCGAACUGGUGGUCCAGCAAAUCGAGAGCGCGAAGGGCAGUAACCAUGAAUCAGCAUCCUCGCUGCAGUUGAUUAAUGAAAGCGAUCCCCUUUGCUUUCCUUUAGCCUACGAGUUGCUCACAUGCGCUCUGCUUCACGAGAGCAGUCGUCUUCACGAUCUCGUUGAUCUCAUCAAGUACAUUCGCGUGGCUGUGAUGCACUAUCCACUGGAUGCUAUUAAGGCUCAUUACGAUGGCAAGGAACAGGCCGUCAACGAGCACAUUUGUCGGGCCCUUGAUGGAAUUACGGUGGCCCUCAGCGAGACUACGAUGAAUUUUAGCAGCGCUCUUAAUGGAUCCUUCGACGUGAAGUUUUUACAGGUACCGGCGACCACGAAGAAGCGCUACUCGGUGUCCAUGUUCGAUGAGGUGGAGGUGCAGCCUGUCCAGCAGUCGCAGCAGAAGAAAAGCAUCGGCGGACACCUGGCAAUAGUGAAAUUUCUAGCCCGCACUCUUCUGCUUAUGGUAAUCGAGACGGAGCCAAGUAACUCCCUAUUGAUGCAGAUUCGCAAUGGAUUGGCCGAGAACAUUAGGGAGGACCUCGAUAGCGCCCGGGCAGACUUCUUUCUGUCUUUGGAACAUCUGACCAAGGCCAAGGAGCACGACGUGUGGUACGUGAUGUCGCAGUAUCUGCUGGAGUUCCAGAAGCAAAACUGCAGAAAAAAGCGGAUUAUCAAUGAGGGCUUCAUUACGCUGCAGCUCCGCCGUAUUUUUCGAAAUGCGAUGGGAAGCAAAGACGCCAACUUCAUAGAGCUCUUCACCAUGCUGGUGGUGGACAGUGAAGGCCUAGCUCUACUGGAAAAGCUAUCCACGGAGGUGAAGACGGAUCUGCAGAAAAUCAACUUCUUAACAUUGUCCGCCAUGUAUCACGAGCACAUCGAAGAAUUGGACAACGUUCAAAUGAUACGCGCAAAGCGCUUAAAACUCUUCUAUUACCUGGAGUUCUGUCAGCAGGAUCCGAGAAUCAAAGGAAAGUUUAAUGCAGACAUGGACAAUGUGGAAGACCUGCUCAAGGAGUUCCACAACAAACAGCUUGAUGUGCAACUGUUAGAGCGCAUGAGCAAGGACUUUGGCUUCGACUACCAGAAGAUUCUCAUCACCCAGAUCCUAAGCAUCCUGAGUGCCCAGGAGUUGCGCUUUGAGGUCAAGAGAGACACAUUUGGCGACGACGAACUGGUUAUGCUAAGUAGCGCCCAGGAAAUGCGCGAUAUGUGUCAGCCAUACAUCAAUGAGAUCAAGAACGUAGAGCUCUUCACUUCUAAGUUAAAACAGUUCAUCGAAGAAAUCAACAUUUACUUCUACGAGUUGUACAUGUGUGUAAUUAACAUCCUAAUAUAUUUUGAUGCGGCGCCCAAGGAGAUGGAGAUUUGGACGAAUAUUCUGCACUUUCUGCGGCACAAGAUGAUCACCAGGCGACGCAAUCGUCCUGGUCAAGUCGAGACUGACAUGUGGCUCAAAUCGCAAAGGGAAAAUGGGGUCAUGCCGAAAAUAUCACGUUAUCGUUUACCAUUCAAGCCCAUCGUAGAACAACCUUUGAAGGAUAUUCUUGACAGCGAACUAAACGUGGACAACUGCCAGAGCUGGUUCCCACUGAUUCAGAUGUACACGGCCUUAAAGGGGGCAAAGGAUAGUUCUCCGAAUUGUGACUACUUCUGCAUGUCAGCAGUGAAGAACUCGAUUUCGGAGUACAAGUCGAAGAAUGAAUCAGAGUCCUGGAGUCUGCAUCCCACAAACAAUGCGUUCCUCCAGUCAAUUCUGCGUCUGGUCGAUAAGGUGCAUAACCCCAACAAGGCAUUUUUGAUCCUGUACUUUGUGUCCAACUAUGCCCGGGAUGGUGCCGACCAAGUGGAAGCGUCCUUUGAGUGCUGGAAGUUCGUCAAGGAGAAAGGCCAUCUGAUCACCGACCCCAAGAGUCGCGAGCAGGUGGCCAAGGUGAAGCGGCGGUAUCCCAUCCAAAAGACUCAACAUCUGCUGUACGUCUACGGGAUGACAGAUGAGAAGCUGUUGCGUCAGGUGGAGAACCCCACCGAGCUAAUACAUGGGCUUUACCACCAUGAGCUGAUCCUCAAGUCCAGCAAAGUGGAUAUUAACGCACUGGUCGAUGAAAUUGCCAAGCUGCACGAACUUUGCCUGGCUUCCAUCCAGUUCCGACUGCUGCAGAAGUGGCUUUCGGUGACCAUGGAGCCGGCGGACGGCACCUUGCUAGAGGAGACGUUCAUGGAGGAGCAGAACUGGCCAGAGCAGACGAAUGGCACGGAUGACACCAGCAGCCAGGAUGCUAGCGAGAAUGUGAACAGAGCCUUCUACAUACUCUCCAGUUGGCCAAAGGCGGAGGCGGUAAAAUUCCUAGUCGGUCUGAUCUUCAAGGACGGCUCCGUAAACACCUCCACACAGCUGCAGAUGUACGAGUGCUAUUCCAAGCUAAACGAUGGCAGCAACUCUUUCACUAAUACGAUCAACCAACGCCAGUUCAUCAGCAUCAAAUGUGUCCACGAGCUAAAGGCUCUAGGCUACAAGUCGAACCUGGAGAAGUUCUCUGACGAUCACUGCAACAAAAUUGACAUCUUAAAGAUGAUAUGGCAGCGUAACGCGCAGAAUCCUUUGUCUCUAGAAGUGAUGGCCAACAUUUGUCUAGGCUUUGAUAUACACCUGCCGCAAAUCUGGAAUGGAAUCCUUAAGCGGAUGGUCAUGUUUCACAUGGUGCGCGAGCUUAACGCCUUGUUGGAUGUACUCAGCUGCCGACCGCACUUGCUCCAUCUGGAUGGACUCGCCCAGGCCUGGGAUUAUGUGCUCUGCAAUCCCUUAAAGAACGCCGUAGAAACGCGCUCUUUCGAACAGGAGGAGCUACUGCACAAAACGCUUCUGCGACUGCAGAGCUGUCCAGUAGUACAUGCACUCAAUCUGCUGCAGUUCGCCGAGCACUGCGUUUUGGUUAACCGACCUCACAUGGCUGCCGCCCUGCUCAGUUUCUGUCCAAGCUCUGAGCAUCGGCAGAAGAUCAAAAAGAUGAUACAUUCCCGUCCGGUGGACAACCUUCGGCAACAGAUCCUGGAUCUGGAAGAUGCCGGUCUGCUGCCAGUGGUACUAAACUUUGCCCUUAAGGAAUUAAACCUCUAGGAGAAGGAUCUUGUCUUUUUUUGAACCCUCUUAAGUUAUAGCAUUAUACAAACUUGUAUGGAUAUCUUCGGUAAUUUAUUUUGGUUCAAAGAUAUUUGGCUAUAAAAUGAAUUUUAAUGAAAUGAUUUUUCCAAUAUGCCAAAUAUCAAGUUCAAAUUUGUUUGCCUAACUUCCUUUGAGUAUAUAUCGAAACUGAAUAUCGGAAUUAAAAUCAACAAUUCACGCCAUGACGUCAUAUUUAUUUAUAGCUUUUAAUGGCACAGUGGGCACAAUAAGAAUAAUAUUCCGUUCACUCUGUAUUUAAAAUAUAUGCCUAAAAAGCAAA